AUGCCUCGUCCUGGGAAGAACUCUUACAGCGACCAGAAGCCUCCAUACUCCUACAUAUCACUGACAGCGAUGGCUAUCCAAAACUCAUCCGAAAAGAUGCUGCCACUGAGUGACAUUUAUAAGUUCAUCAUGGACCGGUUUCCUUAUUAUCGAGAGAAUACUCAACGAUGGCAGAAUUCCCUGCGACACAACCUGUCCUUUAACGACUGCUUUAUCAAGAUCCCUCGGCGGCCCGAUCAGCCCGGGAAAGGCAGCUUCUGGGCUCUCCACCCGGAGUGCGGUGACAUGUUUGAGAACGGCAGUUUCCUGAGGAGACGAAAGCGCUUCAAGGUGCUUCGGGCUGAGCAAAUGGCCUGCAAGAGCUCCCCGAUGAUGCAUUACUUUCACCAUCACCACCACCACCCGGGAAGCAAGCUGGGCACAGCAUCCGGCCAUCAUGAGCACACAGGCGGCCCGGCAAGCACCGUGGGUCGAAUCCCCCACUUUCAGGGUUAUGGGGGCAUUACGUGCGCACAGUCCGGCGGGUUUAAACAUCCAUUCGCCAUUGAGAACAUUAUAGGAAGGGACUACAAGGGUGUGAUGGCCAGCGGGCUCCCCCUCACCUCUGUCAUGCAUCACCUGGGGUACCCGGUGCCCCCUCAGCUCAGCAGCGUGGUCAACUCCAUGUGGCCGCAUGUCGGGAUGCUGUCGGAGUCCAUGGGUGGCGUGCACGUCCCCGCAUCAUCUGAGUAUGCACCCUUCAGUGUGUCAGCGAAGGGCCUGUACCACAAUGCCAACGGGCAAACCCUUCCCGCCGUACCUCUGCCAAUAAAACCCACCCCAUCCCUGGGACCCAUUCCCAGUUUGACGGGGCUUCAGAGUGGCCCUUCCCAGCUUUGCUCAGCGGUCUCACUGAUGGAGAAAAGCGACCUGCUUGAAGGGAAAGGACACCCGCUUCACCCGGCUCUCCUGCUGUCCUAACCGGGUAACUUGCGGGUCAUUUUUGAAAAGUAACGCAAACAAGAAGGACAUUGUUAUUGCAUAAAGUAAGACAGAAUAGGCCUAUCAGUGGUGCAGCUGUGGGAGAGUUGUAAAAACUAAGUAACAUUGUGCUGUGAAAUGCAUUUUUCAUUAGACCCAUGUUGAUUGAAAUCAUAAUUUAUUUGCACAAUUUGUGAGGGCAUUUACCA